CCCGGGCCGCCACACCAUGAACAGCACCCCGAGGGAAGCCCAGGCCCCGAGCCACCGCGAGUGCCUCCUGCCCUCUGUGGCUUGCACCCCGUCUGUCACCCAGGUCACGCCAGCCAAGAAGAUAACCUUCCUCAAGCGAGGGGACCCCCGCUUUGCCGGGGUGCGCCUGGCGGUUCACCAGCGCGCCUUCAAGACCUUCAGCGCCCUGAUGGACGAGCUCUCCCAGCGCGUGCCUCUGUCCUUCGGGGUGCGCUCCGUCACCACGCCCCGGGGCCUGCAUGGCCUCAGCGCUCUGGAGCAGCUGGAGGAUGGCGGCUACUACCUCUGCUCCGAUAAGAAGCCCCCCAAGACCCCCGGUGGGCCGGGCCGGCCACAGGGGAGAAGCCCGUCUGCUCAGCAGUCGCGGGAGUUUGAAGGCCAGCCGGAGGCACCAGGAACAUCCUCCUCCUCGAAGGGUCCCAAAGCCCCAAGGAGGAUCCUGCUGGUUAAGAACGGGGACCCUAGAUCCCAGCAGCUGCUGGUUCUCAGUCCCAGAGACACUCGGAACCUGGCGGCCUUUCUCAGCAAAGCCUCAGGUGUUCUGCACUUCCCCGUGAAGCAGGUGUACACGCUCAGCGGGAGAAAGGUGGACUCCCUGCAGACCCUGCCGCCCGUGCUGGUGUGUGCUGGCCACGAGGCCUUCAGACCUCUGGCCAUGGAAGAUGCCAGAAGAAACGGGAUUGAAACUUUAGCUGGGCUGGCUUCAAGGAACAAAAAUGGGAGCUGGGGGCCGAAGGCCAAGCGGAGCGUGAUCCACGCGAGGUCCAGGCCGGGCAGCAGGCCGCGGCGGUCCUCCUUGCUGUCGGAGAGGUCUGGGCUCAGUGACCCCCCGGCGCCCCUGCAUCGAGCCUGGGUGGGCCGUGCCCCCGACGGGCACCCUGAGGACACACCUGCCCAGCCUGGCCCCUUGGUGGCCAGCGACGGCGUGAAGAAGAGGGUGCGCGUGAACGAGGACGGCAGCCUGGACGUGCAGAUGAAAGUCCGCUUCCACCUGCUCGGCGAGGACACGCUCCUGUGGUCCCGGAGGAUGGGGAGGGCCUGCGGGGAGGGCCCCGCCCUGGGGGAGGUGGGCCCCCUCUGCUGCGCCUGGGAGGGCCACCCUGGGGGCUGCUCGGCCACCUGGGGGCCGCGGCCCUGUGGGGCAGAGUGCGAGGAAGCCUGCGGCCGAGGCGGGCAGUCGGGACCCAGAUACGAGAUCUGGACGAACCCCCUGCACGCAGCCCAGGGGCCCAGGCUGGCUUCUCGGAGGAGGUCGGGGCUGGCCCAGCACCCCCACUGCGGGGGCCCCCGCGGCCAAGGGGCCACCCUCCGGGGCAGACGCUGGGACAGCGUCAGCUCAGCCUCCAGCUCCAGCCACGCCGAGGGCUCGGAGCCAGACUCCUCCUGCUGCCCCAGGACCCCAGAGGGCAGUGUGGGCAGCGGUGGCCUCUCUGCCCAGAGCAGGGCCACGCGGGAAGCUGGCCCGUGCCCAGAGGCAGCGGGGCUGGGCAAAGGAGCUGCUUCUGACUCGUCGGCCGGCGAGCGGGGCGGGCAGCACCAGGGUUGCUUGGGCGAGGCAAGCGCUGGGACUUCCCAGCGGGAGGUCACCCAGGGAGGUGGCCCCAGUUCUCCCGCCCUGAGUCCCUCAGCUUUAAGGAACGAGGACCUGCAGACAGAGACAUGUGGGCAGGGCACCGGGUGCCGCCAGGCCAGAUGGGGGUCUGUGACGAGGCUGCCCCUGACCCUGGGCCUCUCCGGCUCCUGGGACACAGACGGAGGUUCUCCCCCACCUGCCGCCCGUGCCUCAGCCCAGCGGGGGACAAGAAAGCAGAGGACCCGCCUUAGUGCCGUGGCCCCACCCAGCUCUCCUGGCCUUGGCCAAGUGGCUCGGAGAGGCCAUGCCAGGCAGUGUCACCACUGCAGCGACACCCGCUGCCUGCCGGACUCACCCGCAGCCCGGCCAGUGCCCAGCGCUCCCGACCCAGGAGGGGCCUGCCCGGAGGGCCCAGCGCCACGACUUUCCGAAAGCUCCUGGAGCACCCAGACCCAGGCCUCCAGGGACCGGAGAGCCCCCUCCUCGGGCUCUCUGCGUUCCCAGGACCUGCCCGCGGCCAGCGGGGCCACCACCUCUCCUGCAAGCCACUCGGACUGCGCUUCUGGUUCCUGCCACCACGAUGCUCCCUCUGCCGUGUGGGCAGGGGACGCGGGGUCCAGGGUGGACUCCCCGACUCCUGUGCCUCCCCACACACCCCACUCCUGCUCUCGGGCUAGGGCUGGCAGCACCCCCGAGCCUUCCUCGCCCUUGGCCCUGCAGGUGGGACGGCCCGACGGAGGGGAGGCAGGAGCCCACCGAGGCAGCUGCUGCUCACAGACUGGGGAACCCCCGGUGCGAGGGGGCCCUGGUGGCAACACACAGGCGCUGUGGGCACCGUCCUCCGAGGCCACCUGGGUGUGCAGCAGGUACUGCCCCACCCCGCCCAGGGGGCGGCCCGGUGCCGAGCGACGCCCUUCCAGCUGCGGUAGCAGCAGCGGCUGCCACGGUGCUGCCCAGGGGCCAGGCGGCAGCCGGCAGGCGGAGGAAUCGCCUGCGGUGGGGUGCGUGCUGCCCCCGGACCCCAGGGGGGGAUCCCAGGGGAAGAUCGCUGGGGGUGGGCGAGGCCGCGAGGAGCAGGAGGAGGGUGGUGGCACGUCCCCGGGUGCUCUGCCCCACGCCUCGCCAGACGCUGUGGUCCGAGAGUGGCUGGGCAACAUCCCAGAGGAGCCCGUACUCUUGAAAUACGAGAUGGUGGACGAGGCCACAGAUGUGGCCGGGGAUGGCCCAGAAAGCCCCAAGGAGGACCCUGGGGAUGGCCGUUCCCCAGAAGGCCCAGGGGGGCUAGCUCAGGCCAGGCCACAGCCCCCUGAAGGGGACGCCGGCGAGAACCCAGAGCCAGACGGGGCCCUCCCAGGGCCUGGCAGUGCCCGUCCCUCUUCAGGAGAGGGUCCUUCCCAAGGGGCAGCUCUGGGCGCAGAUCCCAAGGCCUUUGAGGAGGCCAGGGUGGGCGGAGGGGCGGCCGUGGGCCAUGCGGUGCCCCUGCGGGUGCUUCCCGCCAGGGUGUCGGCCUCCACGCACAUCAUGAAGGCGCUGAUGGGCUCCAAGCAGGGCCGGCCCAGCAGCCUGCCCGAAGUGUCCGGCCCGGCGGCCAGGAGGCUCAGCCGCUCGGCCGGGGCGCUCAUCACCUGCCUGGCCCAGCUGCACUUCUUCGAUGGAGAUCUGGGGUCUCCUGCUGGCAAAGUGAGGUUCGCAGACUCCCCGCGGUACCAGGAGCUGCUCAGCCUCUCCCAGGCCCUGUGGCCCGGCUGUGACCUUGGCCACGGCCAGCCAGACUCCAGCCUCCAGGAGCUCCCGUGGAGCCAGGCUCUGCCGGGCCUCGGGUCCCACGCCGUGACCGAGGACCUCACACCGACGUCCUCCUCUGGCGUGGACCUCAGCAGUGGCUCGGGGGGCUCGGGGGGCUCGGGGGAGGGCAGCGUGCCCUGUGCCGCGGACUGUGCCCUGGGCCUGGAGAGGAUGGAGCCGCCCCAGAAAACCUCCUGCCGGAGGCCUGACUCCAGAGGCUCAGAGGACGCGGAGGGUCUGGGAAACCCACCGCCGAGCUGCUGCCCGGCCUCCCCCCACUCUCAAGCCCCCAGCGAGGGCCGGGCAGGGGGAGACGGCGGAGAGCCGGGGCUGGGCAGCCCCCCGGGGCAGGCGGUUGGACAUGCAACGCAGGAGGAAGGGGCGCGGCUGGAGGAGCCCCGAGGAGGAGUGGAAGAAGAACUGCGAGAGGCAGUGAGAGAGGAAGGGCUUCCGGAAGAGGGCAGGGUGGGCCGUCCGGGUGGGGAUGACGAGGGGCAGGAGGAGGAGGAGGCGGGAAGAGCCUCUCCCCCGGCAGCGAGGACAGAGGAGCCCACAGAGCCCCCCGGUCAGCUCAGCGCGAGGGACCCACAUGCCCGUGAGGAUCAAAGCGGCCUCCAAUUUGAGCCUGGUUUGGAAGAUCCACCUGGAGCAGCCGGGGUGGGCCACGGGCAAACCCCAGCCUCGCCCCCGCGGGGGGCUGGCGAGAAGAGGGCGCCCGUGGCCGGCAGAGCGUCUCUGGAUCCGGACCCCAUCUGGGCGUCCGCCAUGCUGAAGAAGAUGGCGAAGGCCUUCAUGGCCCACCUGGCCGGGGCCGUGGCCGAGCUCCGGGCCCGCUGGAGCCUGCAGGACCACCCCCUGCUGGACCAGAUGGCGGCCGAGCUGCAGCAGGACGUGGGCCGAAGGCUCCAAGACGGCACCCAGAGAGAGCUCCGGGAGAUGCAGAGCCGGGCGGGGCGCAGGGCCCCGGGGCCCAGGGAGGCCCUCAGCGGGGAGCUGUCCUUGCAGACAGAGCGGCGCAGGCGCUGCCUCAGGGGCCUGCGCCACCUCUCUGCCUUCUCGGAGUGCACCCCAGGCCUGGGGUCACUCUCCCUGGAGGACGGCCCAGCCCUGGGGACCCGGCUGGGUGGGGUGGCUGAGCCGGAGGAGUUCUGUCCCUGUGAGGCCUGCAUAAGGAAGAAAGUGAGCCCUGUGUCCCCGACGGACGCCGUGGGGACAACCAGGGCACCCAUCAGAGAGGCCUUUGACCUGCAGCAAAUCCUGCAGAAGAGGAGGGGAGGCUGUCCCAGUGGGGACGCAGCCGAGGUGGCCCCUGAGAAGACAGGGACAGAGCAGCUUCAGGAGGACCCCUCGAGCACCGGGCCCUCCCGGGGAGCUGACGAUGGGCUGGAGCUGGGGCCUGGGGUGCAGGGGGAGGAGGGGCAGGGAAGCCAGAGAUGCAGCAGAGAUGACAGCCCCCAGCCAGAAGGGACAGAGGGGGCUGGCUGCUGGGAAGGCGGGGAAGAUGCGGGGGCUCCAAGGAGGAAAGGGAACAGCCCGGCCAAUGUCGGCAGCAACCCGGGGGCAGCAGAGAGGGAGGAAGCCAGGGACCAGGGCUCCGGGGGUGAGGACAGUUUGGAGGGUGAAGCCUCCUCAAGAGGUGACCAAGAUCCAGGAGAACAGAGUGAAGGUGCCACAGGUAUAGGGGCCCAGGAAGCUGACGGGGAGGGACGGCCUGGGUCAGGAGCGGGGACUCAAGGUGAGAGAGGAGGGAGCCCUCUGGUCGGCCCCGAACAGGGCCAGUCAGAGGACACUUCUGAAAACGGCAGCCUGGACCAAGAGGGCAGGCCCGCGUCACCCCCCGCCCCAGGUGGGGACAGCCCCCGCCAAAGCCCAGACCCCCAAACAGGCCCUUCCCCCUCCAGCCCACCCUGCCUGGGCAGCUGCUCCCAGAAAGACUCAGAAGACGAUGCCAGUGGAAAAGUGAGAAUCACUGAAGCUGAGCCCGAGGGGGACCCUCGUGCAGAGAGAAAAGUCACCAGGAUGUAUCCAGAAAGUUCUACGUCUGAGCAAGAAGGGGCCCCUUCCCGCCCACAGACUCCAGAGCCGGGGGCAGGCAAAGGUUCUGACCUACAAGAUGAGGAGUAUGCUACAAGCCACCCCUCCACCGGGGUGGCGGGCAGGGCGGAUGGCUUCAGCCAAGACGACUUAGAUUUCUAG